AUGACGGCGGAGUUUACAGAGUUGGAUGAGGCGAAUCGCAAGGUGCGAGAGUGGAAGCGGGAGGCAAAGCAAUCCGCGCCUGUCAGCCUCGCUGGCGGUAUUGAUCUGACCAUGUGUCUUGACGAGAUGCACAUCGUGGUUCCCCCGGUUUCGCCUUUUCAGGUGCUGCGCACCAGCGACAUCCUCACCCAGUUGGUCCACAUACCAUCUAUCACCACCACAGCAGCCACCAGUACCGCCUUUGGUGCACUUGUUACGCUGCUCCUCACUACGAAAAGCAGCUUUACCCCUGUCGCGCAACAGGGGCUCCUGAGACGGUGGACACACCGACUGUUGCGCCUCAUGGUCACUGCCGUAGCGUCCGUUGUGUUUGUUCGAUUUCUGCGUGAGCGUUACCCGACGGUGCAGCGUAUCUCGCAGUACGAAAACUUGUCCAGCUCUCCAGAUGAUCCGUGCUUCGUCGCGAAUCGCAUCCUGACCAUGACGAGCUCACAGGCCGGUACACACGCCGAUGGGCCGCAUCAUUUCUGCCGCAGCCUGUCUCACCGCAACUACGAUGACGCGCACUACAGCGGCGAUGCCGUUGUGCUGGAUAUCGCUUCGGAGCUGCGUGAGCAUCACCAAUGGCUCGAUCCUGAUGCCCCUCUGGCGAUCACGGUGGAAGUGCUGGAAAAAGCUCGACUGAAACUACCCGCGGCCUUUCGGGACGGUUCCCGCCCUGUGUGGCGUCUGCUGCUUGUUAGCCGGUACUCAACAGGCACAAGCGCCACCAGCACAAGCACCACAGAGGCCUUGACGAGACCUCUUCGCGUUUUCUUUCCGCUGGGCAUCGCGUCACCGACACAGGUGGCCACGGCCGCUGUCAACGGCGCUACUGCUGCAACGCAGCGUGAGUCCCCGUCGAACGCGUACGCGUUUCUUUACCCGGAAGCGGUGGAUUAUCUGCAUCGCGUAUUCCCCCGUUUGGUACUGCUGGGCAUCGACAGCCCUUCCGUCGAUCCGCCGCAAGCGAUGCCGCCGGGGAAGCACAGUCACGGUGCCCUGCUGCGGUGCGGCAUAGCGAUUCUGGAGAAUCUCCGCUACACCCGCCUCUCCCCUCUGCUGGAGAGCCCCGCAAGGGACAACCAGCGCGGGUGGAUCGCUGGGUCGAUGCUGACGGUCUUCAAUGCCACGCAAAAUUACGAUGACGCUCGCGGCUGCUCCGUCAUCUUUUUUCCGGAGGAGGCGCUGUGA